AUGGAGAAAUUGUUCACCAAGUACGAGACAAAACUCAAGCUGAACCAUAUAAAGAACAGAAGCUGGGAGGAAGAGGAAACCUUUGUGAAAGUUGGAAAAGCAGUCUUCAAAGUUCCGAGGCGUCCAAAACAGGAAAGGACUUACCGCUGGAUCAUUGACCCUCCGACCGAGAAAGGAGAAGCCAAACGUUCAUAUUCUGUAAAGUACACUCCAAGACUCGGAAAGCGUCCAAAGAUUCCCGAGCAGAUGUAUAACAUGAAACGCUGUUUCCAAACUCGCCGGGACACUCGUAUUGCAUUGUCCGAUGCCACUUUCCAACCAGAGAAGAAAUUCGUUUUCAUCAACCAAGUGUACAUCAUCACCAAUGCUCCGGAACUGGCGGAAAAAGAUUUGAGACAAAUCGAAGAAUUCCGUUUGUUCUUCGAAAGUUGGGAUGAGGACUAUUACUCGGAAGAAGAAUGCCUCGAACUGAUGGAACAAGCGAUCAUCGGAAGAAUCGAAGUUUACCAAGAGAUGUACAAACAAUCAUCAAAUCUUCUUUAUUUGGCAAAGGCUGUUUUCCUUAAGUUCCUUGAUUUCGAUCGCUUGUCCGAUCUUCACAAGAUGUACUUGGUCAUGAGUGAGGAGUGUGAAUUCCCAAUGUGCUACGUGGAAGGUAUCCUCCGUAAUCACUACGAAUAA